GUAAAUGGGCGGUUAGAAUGUUCUAGAAUUGGGCGGUUUAAGAAUGAGCUAAAUGGUGAUUAUUCUUUUCAGUGCAGUAGGAGCGCGAAGCAUAGAGAUACAAGUACUGUCGGUUUCCCCGUUAGAUUGCGAAAUUUUGAGAUUUGAACUUAGUUCAUAUCUAAACAUGCUGUUCGCAUUAUCUGGAUAGUUAUUAGUACGAUUCCUGACAUAAUCCUGCACUGGGGGGGUGAAGAACCAGCCUGGUCUCCCAGCCUGACAAAGCGAGAUGGACGGCGUCGUGACCGUGGUGAGCAACCCGACUGUAACGGUGCGGAUCACCAGCACCCUCAGCUCCUUCGAGGUGAUCCGGCGCUUCAACAGAGGAAUCACCAUCGCCGAGUUCAAGAGCAAGUUGGAGCUGGUAGUUGGGACCCCAGCCUCCUGCAUGGACCUGCAGCUAUUCAGUGUUUCCGACAAGUUCCUGCAGAACCUUGAGGACAACGAGGCCCUGCUGGGCUCGUAUCCCGUGGACGAUGACUGCAGGAUACAUGUUAUUGACCGCAGUGGUGCCCAGACCUGCGAGUUCAGUGAUGUGUCAAAGGUGGAGAAAUACCAAAUGGCAGAUGAGGAUUAUGAAAAAAGGACAGAUUCUGCACGUAUGUUCAUGAAGAAGAAGAAAUUGGGCCAUCAUGAUGAGGAAAAGUUGUCACGGCGCGAAGCUGAGCAAGCAAAGCGUGAUGAGGAAGAAUUGGCACUUGCCGCUGCCAUUGCUGUAGGAAACCGCUGCCAGGUGCAUGUUGCUGGGCAGCCCACAAAGCUGGGUACUGUGAUGUAUGUUGGUACAACGGAGUUCAAGCCAGGUCACUGGGUGGGAGUGAAAUAUGAUGAGCCGCUGGGAAAGAAUGAUGGCAGCGUGAAUGGGAAACGCUACUUUGAGUGCCAGCCCAAGUAUGGUGCCUUUGUGAAGCCUUCAUCGGUGACAGUGGGUGAUUUCCCUGAAGACGACUAUGGGCUUGAUGAGAUGUAGGACUGACUUGGGCUUACUGCAAAGGGAUGGGCCACAGCAGAAGCCUGCCAGGAGGUCUAAAUGUAGGUUCUCUUGUUGGAAUUACAACCCAUUGGCAGAUGGAUUUAAUUUGUUCCUACAUUUUAAUUUUGGUUAAGCUCAAUGAAUGGAUCUCUGUUUUGUACGCUGAGAUCAAAUAUUCUUUUGUCAGUAGUGUGGCAUGAAGGGGAGGUUACAUUAAUUUUAUCAAUCCAUGCCAAACAAAUCAAAGCUCUGAUCAGUCUAGAUAUUCCAAAAACACUGAUGAACUAAAAGAAACGAGAAUCCACAAAUCAUGGGCUUUGAUGUUGACACAUCCGCACCACAAUUUAGGUGUUAGUUUCUGCAAUUAGAUUGAGACAAGGUGGCACCAAAAACCUUCACUUUUCUUUGCAACAUCAAGCCUUAGUCUAGAUACUAUGGGAAACAGUAUGUGCACACCACUCAUUAGUAUUAGAGAAAUGAGGAGGGAUUCUACCCCAGUAUCUUCUCCUUGUUCUUCCUUUUUACUGUUUAUUCACUUGAUGCAGCAGGUAUAAUACUGAGGUGUUUUAUGUGUUGUGUUCAUUUUUUGUGAAUUUGACUGAUAUCCCCCUUUGUAUCUGGAUCAAGGAAUGUUAAUACUUUGGAGUUAUGUCAAGGAAUCAUAUUUUAUCAAAGUUUGACUAGCACAGGUAAUAUGAGUGAUACACUAUGUCAUGAACAUACCUUCAACUUUUUGCAGCACAAUUGGGUAGUUUACUUGGGCUGCAACUGUGUGUAGGCUGACAGUGGAUGAAGACCAUUUGAAGGAAUCUAGUCUUAACUUAUUUUGUAGAUGAAAAUGAGGUUAGCUGGGGAACACUAAAAUGUUAGAAAAUCUCACAUUAACCAAGCAGAUGUGGUCAUGGGAGGAACUUAAGUACCAUCCUUACACUAGAUAUGAAGUCUCUGCUCCUUCCAAGACAGGGAUGUGCGUUGUUUUGUGGGAUGACUUCUCGUCUAUGCUUACGGAAUAACUAACUCUUUAUGUGCACUCUUAGCUACUUUUGAGUAGACAUCUCCAACACAAUACCAUUUAAUUCAUACAUGUUGCCUGAUCUUUUAAAUGCCCAACUGGAUGUGUGUCUGCAGUGCACUUUUUGAAGAAAAGUUAAAAUUUAUUUUUUUAAGCUUCAAUUGUACAUAUUUUCUAAGUGCUAUACUCUUUAGUUGCUUUUUCAUAAUUUAUCCAGGUGGGCAAAACUUUGUUUCCUCCCAAGAACGGCACCAACCUCCUGAUUUGUUCCAGAUUUAACACAAGUGUUUGUUUUCCAUUUAAAUGGGGUUUCUGUAAUCUAUAGCUUGUCAUUUACAACUAAAAGGUUGUGGAAAUGAAAACUAAAAUUUUGGAAUCGACAAAGUGCCGCUAAAAUAACGGUUUGCUGUGUUCAAUGUUACAUUUUUUUUAAAAUGGGUGCCAAAUUUGAGUCUGUGCUCUUCUCAUUUAACAAUCACCCUUGCCUCUAGUUGUAGAUGGCUGCUAGACAUUCACAAGCUGCAGUUACAAUUACUGCAUUUCCUAGGUCUGCCUGUAAAGGUGGGCUUCAGACACAUUUUCUGGCAAGGUUGAAAAGCGGUAUAUGUGUCAUACAGGAAAGGACCGAUUGUGGAACAGCUGAAUCAAAGCAUUGUGGUGCUGUAAAAGCAAGAUCAUGUGUGGGAUGGUGGGAAAUGCUUUUCAGCCUUGGACAUAAUCUGAUGGUCUGAAUAGUAUCAGACGCAGCCCUUGAAGAAGCUAAAGAAGAAUAAUAAAACCUUGAGCUUGUACUCUUUUAGGAAGAAGCCUGUCAAUAAAAUGACGUAAUAGGAAAAGGGA